AUGCAAGUUUAUGAGUACGAAAGCACCUCUUCUGGGCAUGAGUUAGCACGAUUUAUAGUUCUUUACGCAAAGGUAUCAACAAGGAAGCAUAAAAGGUGGGAAGGAGAUGGGAUCCUGCUGUGCUAUGCCAAUCAAGCUGUGCUGAAGUCAGAGGACGAGAAAGACGUGAUAAGCAGGUCAACUUCGAUAAAAUGUAUUAAUGACUUACAAAAUGGAAGGGAAUUGAAAAUUGGCUCAUGGGAAGUACAAAUCCAAGAGCGAGUGGCCACACGAGACGUUCCCGGUUCGUCAUUUAGCUCCUCAUGUGGUUCGAAAUUGCUUAACAUAAGAAUUUUAAAUGUCUUUUUUAGUUCACAGUUGUCAGGAUUCUUGUACACAUUUGUCUUGUUCUCAAGUAGUUAUUCUGUUAAGGGACCAGCAUUUGUUAUAAACGAGGACCGAGUUGGGAAUUUUGGUGAAGAGCCUAUCGUUGCAGAUCCCCGUGUGAGUAGGCAUUUGAGAACUCAUCAGAAAGAAGGAGUGCGAUUCAUAUUUUCUGCCUUGAAGGACGGACAUGGCGUUAUUCUGGCUGAUGAAAUGGGUCUUGGCAAAAGUAUUCAGGCUAUCGUGGCAACAAUGGCAUUAUUAAAGCAGCAAUCGUGCCUACUUGUUGUUCCAUCGUCGUUAGUAUCUAACUGGAAAUGCGAGUUUCGUAAGUGGUUCCAUGGGGCCAGACUUCCGGUUAUUGCCGUGAGGCGUGCGUCAGACAUAAGCAGCUAUGCCUGCUCUUUCAGCGCCUAUCCAUACCUUAUAAUCAGUUAUGAAAUGGCGUUAAGGUAUUCUGCAAAACUGGCAUCGAUACGGUUCGACAUAUUAGUCUGCGACGAAGGACAUCGUCUAAAGAAUGUUGACACUAAGCUUCGACAAACUCUCGACUGUCUAGCGAUUGGUCGUCGUUUGCUACUCACAGGAACUCCUAUUCAAAAUGACAUCAAGGAAUUCUUCUCUCUUCUCAACUUUGUGCGCCCAAAUCUGUUUGAUAACUUUGCGGAUUUCAAAACAAUGUGCUGCAAUGAGGCUGAGGCUGUAAGCGAGAAAUUUUCGAAUUGUUUCCUAAGAAGGACAAGCAGAAUUAACAACUUACAUCUACCCAACAAAAAUGACUAUAUUCUCUUCUGUGCUCCAUCGCUAGUACAAAAAAGUGUUCUUGCUUCGUUAUGUGCUUUUAUGAAUGAAGAACCUUUCGUACUGAUCGAUAUGAUGAGGAAGGUGUCAAAUCAUCCAGCUAUUCUUUUCAAGAAGAUCUCUCUGAUUUAUCUAGGUAAACUGAGCGUCUUUGUCGAAAUGAUGGCAUGUUUUCGUCAAAUGAAGGAAUGUGUGGUUGUUAUAUCAAACUUUACAAAGACCUUAGAUAUGCUCUCCUCGUUGUGUCGCUCCCUUGGGUUUUGCGUUUUGAGACUGGAUGGCCAAACGCCUGUAUCAACUAGGCAAGAGAUUGUGAAACAUUUCAAUACAGAAGGAAAUCCUGAAAAUGUUUUUUUGUUAAGCACAAAAGCAGGAGGGGUGGGUUUAAAUUUGACUGGUGCUUCGCGAUUGAUUCUCUUUGAUUUGGACUGGAAUCCAGCCACAGAUAUGCAAGCAAUGGGGAGAAUAUGGAGAGAUGGCCAAGAGAAAGACUGUCACAUAUACAGACUUGUCACUGCUGGAACAGUGGAUGAGAAAAUUCUUCACCGGCAAAUAAAGAAAACUGGACUUAAUUCUAUGAUCAUUCCGAAUGAACAAAUUAAAACCACUUGGCUUGACAACGAACUCCAGGAUGUUUUCACGUUGAGAGAUACUCAGUGUGAGACACACGAUUUACUCAAUUGUGAUUGUGAUGGCCAAGGGAGUCUACCAAGUGGUGUUAACUAUGUUACAGGCGUUCAUACGGAAGAUGUGGCACAUUUUUGCUCUGACAAAAGGCAAACCGAAGACAAAAAGGAGGUCGAAACUGCCAGUGAUUUUCACGCUGCUGUCGUUGAUAAUGACGAUGAGGUUGGCCACUUAGAAACUAUUCGUUCUUUGCUAUUUCGAUGGCAUCACUACUCACCAAGUCAUACGGAAACUUGGACGCAUUUCAAGUCCAUAGCGGGAUUAAGGGACUUGCCCUUUAAUGACCUCACAUUUGCAUUUCAUUUAUCGAGCAAAUUUUGA